GUUAGGUUAAAAGCCAACACAAUGUCGUAACUUCAAUGUCCAAUGAUUAUUUAGGAUCAUAUAUUCGAGUUCUUCAACAAUAUUCGCUCCCUUUAGCGAUUGUUGCCCACCCUGUUUAGAUAUAUUGUGUAUGACGGAAGCUAAGGCGGAUAACGUUAGCCAGCGGCAGCCAUCUUAGACUAGCUGGAAGUGCUGGUGUGGCACAACAAGAUGGCCUGGUAAUAAUCGCACUGGGAGAAUUUCCGCGUCGUUCCGUCGUCCUAAGGUGCGCUUAUAAACUCGGUCUGGCCGCCUGUUUUAUUGUCAGCUCACUGACAAGAACGCCGGCGCAGGCAGAAAAAAAAAAACAACAUAUAACCCCGAUUCCCUCUUUGGUCAUCAUCCGGCAGAAAAACGGAGGCCGUGGGGCUGGAGUGUGUUCUUAUGGCAGAGUCAGAGACUGAAUGUGACACGCCAGGGCUUGACACACUUGGGUCGGAGUGUGUUAUAGCCCAUAGCCACGUCGACCUUCACUAUGGAGCCGAAACGGAGAUCAUGACAGAGGAAAAGCGUGGAUUGGAGUUGGAGAUCCACGGCUCAGACUUAAAGAUCCAAGGACUCGGGGGAGAACUCGGGGCUGUCGCAUGUGUGGAUGCGAUCGUUGCCGAGACAGACCAUGACUAUAUCAAGGUGGAGCAUGCUGACAUGCACUGUUUCACAGCAGCAGAAAUCAAGACAGAAACGGGCGAGACUUUACUGGGAGAGGUGCUGCUUAAGACAGAAGGUGAGCAUGUGGUGAAAAUGGAGUCCGAUCAUGGCGGCGAGUUGACAGUGGAAUCCGAGAAUGGCGUAAUCAUACAUGAAGCUCACGGCCUACAGUGCAACGAGUGCGGGGAGAUCUUUGGCAGCAUAGCUGAUCUUCACCAACACUUUGAGAUCCACAAGGACCUCAACCCGUAUAUCUGUAUCCACUGUGGGGAGAGUUUUGCCGUAGAAGCCAGUCUCAAGCAGCACAUGAAAAUUCACAUGAAAGAAAAGCCGUACGUUCCCCCGGGAGUUGACCUGAUAGGUAAAGAUGUUAUUGAUGCCUACAGCCUUAAGUCUCAUCAGAUGAUUCAUUUGCCAGACAAGCCCCACAGAUGCACAGAAUGUGGCAAGAGCUUUGCAGCUGCCAUAACACUGAGGGAACACAUGAAGAUGCAUUCUGAAGACAAACCAUACAAGUGCACACAGUGCAGGAAGAGCUUCGUCCGCAGGAGGCAUUUAAAGAAGCACCAGGAGGUCCAUGCGCGCGAAAAGCCAUACACCUGUGGCCAGUGUGGCAAAGGCUUCGCUACAACUUCCAACCUGAAGCAGCACCAAAAGACCCACACAGCAGUCGUGCUCGGAGACAAACCCCACCGGUGCGCACAGUGUGGAAAGUGUUUUGCGGCCGCCGCGACUCUGCGAGAGCACCAGAGGAUUCACUCAAGUGAAAAGCCGUACAAAUGCAACAUGUGCAGGAAGAGUUUUGUCCGCAAGCGUCACCUGAAGAAGCAUCAGCAAGUCCACGCCGGGGGGAAGCCCUACACCUGCAGACAUUGCAACAAGGGCUUCAACCACUCCUCAUCCCUGUCUCGCCAUAACAAGACCCACCUGCAGAACCCGGUGUUUUCCCCACCUCAGCCUGGGAAACCCAUCACUUUCGUCUCGCCUCCAAAGCAAAGAGUACUCCAGGAAGGAGAGAAACCGUACAUGUGCCACCACUGUGACAAGGGCUUCAAUCAUUCCUCCUCUCUGUCACGGCACCAAAGAGUCCACUCGGAUGGAAAAACGUACACCUGCGGUCACUGUGGCAAAAAGUUCAAUCACUCCUCCUCUCUUGCGAGGCAUCAGAGAGUUCAUUUGGAGAAGCAGCAGGCGCUCGCGUCGCCGCUGCAGACACAACAGCAGUUACAGCCACAACCACAAUCGCCACAGCCACCAACACCACAACCGCAGCAGUACACCGCCAUCCCUGUUGGUAAGGCUUUCUCCAACAAUGCCUUCCCAAAGCAGCUCAUCCUGUCUGUCGAGAAACCAUACAGGUGCUCUCACUGCGGAAAAGGCUUUAACCAUUCUUCCUCUCUCUCCAGACAUCAUAGGAUCCACGUAGAUCACAGACCAGGGCCCCACCCUUAGAGGCAGCCCUUAGCCCCCAUUACCACUUUUCAUACGUUUCUGUCCCCCCAAAUCCUUAUAUCUAUAUCACAGCACCACAGAAAACGGUAGUCCAACUUCUGCAGACAAAGAGGUCAUGUCGAUAUCUAAGUGGAGCAGCUCAGAAUAAACGGACAAUAAUUCAGAUUUAUUCAAAAGGUGGGGACUCGGCCUGAGAGACUGUGCAAACAUGCAACUGAACUGAACCCAAGGCUUUGUGUGCAGCUCCAAGAUGGUAUAGAAUAUAGUGAAGGAAUUUCUCGUGAUUCUGUCUCACUCGCUCCAGGACAUCCAGAACUCUUUUAAAAGAAAAACAAAUGUGGUUUGAAAAUCUGCAAGAUAAAAUGGUAUCUUUGGAUAAAUAAUACCUCUCAUCUUUUUCAUAGAGUUCCACUCAUGUAUCUUCAGGUGCACACAUUUGCUUUUCAGCUGCGACUUUAUUAAAAAUGUCAAAUACAACUGAACAGGAACUGUUGCCCCGUUUGAUUUUUUUUUUCCCUCCCAGAUGUAACUCGUAUGAAGCAAAUAUCAAAAAUCCAAUGUAGAUAUUUCUUGAUUUUCUUUUAUAUAUAUGUAUAGUUAACUAGUGUGCUGUUCCAGACGAUACAACUUUUGAUAGAAAGAUUCACUCUGUCUCUCCACGUCUUUUUUUUUUCUUUUAAUUUGUUUUAAGUGUUGGAUAUAAAAACGAAAAGAAAAAUGUUGCAAAUUUUUCCAUAAAGUUGGGCUCCGUUAACAUGAGCCGUCCUGUAUAUUUAUGAGAUUGGAUUUUUGUAUGUCUGGUGGUUUAGCACGGCUUCAUAAACUGUACAGAGAGCAAUACUGGUCGAGACCCCAGUCUAUUCUGACAUGCAAUCUAGCUAUAACAAAAAUGCAUAUUAGAAAAUAAAAAUCUUCUGGGUAGCAUAUUGCAACAUG